UGUGCUGCGGGCCUAUCCAACCCGAUAAACAUCAUCCGCAGACUCACCCAUAUAUCUUCCUUCAAAUUCGAAAUCCGAAAUCCCACCUUGAAAAUGGGUCUGUUCCUUGGGAAAAUACUUGUCGAAACCCCGAAAUAUGACGUGAUUCAGUCCGCCGCGGACUACGAAAUCCGCAAGUACCCGGCAUCGGUGAUAGCAGAGGUCACGUACGACCCGACCCGGUUCAAAGGCAACAAAGACGGCGGCUUCGCCCUGCUCGCCAACUACAUCGGUGCGUUCGGUAGCCCGCAGAACGCGAAGCCGGAGAAGAUUGAGAUGACGGCGCCGGUGAUCACCAAGGAGUCCGAGAAGAUCGAGAUGACGGCGCCGGUCGUGACCAAGGGCGGCGGAGAGGGAAAGUCCGUGACGAUGCAGUUUAUCCUGCCGGCCAAGUACACGAGGGCGGACGAGGCGCCGAAGCCGCUGGACGAGCGAGUGGUGAUCAGGGAGGAAGGGGAGAGGAAGUUCGCGGUGGUGAGAUUCAGCGGGAGAACGACUGAUAGCGUGGUGCAGGAGAAGGUUGAGAGCUUGAAGAAGUGUUUAGAGAGGGAUGGGUAUAGAGUAAUUGGGGAUUUUGAGCUGGCGAGGUACAAUCCGCCAUGGACGCUGCCUCCUCUGAGGACGAACGAAAUCAUGAUUCCGGUGGCCCUGGAAUGAAUUGAACCGCCGGGCUGGGUUCCCGCUUCGUGGUAAUUGUGAUUUCCAUCCUUCCUCCUCGGUGUUCUUAUCAUUUUGUAUUUUACAGUGUAAUUCCAGGUUUACGCAUUUUCCUGGCUAGGAUUAAUGCUGUGGUUUGUUAUAUUUGUGUAAAUCAUAUUCCAUAUUAUGAACUGAUGAAUAAGUGAAUUAUGCUCUCUAUUAGUUAAACAAAGAAAAAAUUGUAGCCUAUUCUGAUCAGAGUUUUGCUAGGAGUAC